AUGAAUAAUGACUUAGAAAGAUUUAUUUCAUUCACCGAAAGAGAAGUUUUUGAUAAAGAUCAAGAACUUGAAAACAAAUUAUAUGAAAGUAGUACAGAUAAUUUUUCAUUCAUUGACUUAUAUUGUUACUAUGGAGCAGUUGAUUGUUUCAAGUUAUUAAGAACGAAAUUUAAAUCAGAAAUAACUCAAACAUGUUUACAAUUUUCAUUUUUAGGAAGAAAUCAAGAGAUAAUGAGUGGAUGUUUGAAAUAUCAAACUCCAAAUGAAGAAUGA